AUGGCGCCGGCACGGAGCCAGGUUAUCCACGCGCCUUCAGAUGAGAUUCCCCGAGGCGUGAAGUCUGUCUUCCUCGCCGGCACCACGAGCAAAGUCGAUAUAACCGACUGGCGCGAGGUCCUCUCCGCCUCCCUCGUCGACACACCCGUGACAAUUUAUAAUCCGGAUCGCGCUGAUUGGGACAGUUCGUGGCGAGAGGAGAUCGACUUUGCACCCUACCGCGAGCAGGUGGAAUGGGAGCUUGAAAAGCAGGACCAGGCCGACAUUGUCGUCCUCUACUUCCACCCGGCCGCCCGAGCGCCCAUCAGUUUGCUCGAGCUGGGGCUUUGUACACGUGUUCCCGGCAAAGCUAUUGUUGUCUGUCCAGAGGGAUACUGGAAGAGGGGCAAUGUGCAGAUUGUGUGCAACAAAUUUAGGUUGGAGAUGGUGGACACAGUUGAUGGAUUGAAAGAGGCGAUUGUGAACAAGCUACCCGUUGGCUGUUGA